UUUAAGUUUCCCAAUCUUCCAAUAUACUCUUAGAAACUCCGGACGGAAACAUAGUCAGCGAAUUUCAAGGAGGACUCUCAGUCAUCAGGAUUUCAGAACAUGCUGUUGUGAAGUGCGGAUAUGGUGUCACCGAAUCCGAAGCCCAAAACCAGCAGCAGGCAUACGAGAUGAUCGAUACCGCAAUUAUAAAGAUUCCACGCGUCUAUCGGUUCUUUGCCCUUGAGGAUACAGGGUAUAUUGUCAUGGAAUACAUCAACGGUCAAGAGCUAUUCUCGGUCGAAGACCCGAACGUCUACUUGAAGGCAAUGGUAAAUGUUUUGCGACACUUCGAACAAGUGCAACAUGAUAAGCCUGGACCUUUUCACGGAGGACUUGUGGUGGGCCAUCUUUGAUUAGACUAUGACUCAAUCAUCGCCCCCGCAAGCAUAUUCGAUGUCGAAGAUUACUAUGAUAGAAGACAAUUGGAAAAACUACAGCACAUCAACCUGAAACAUUAUCCGCUGAUCUUCUGCCAUCUCGAUAUCGCCCCUCAAAAUAUUUUGAUGCUAGAGGAUGGGUCUCUGUGCCUUGUUGAUUGGGCCUCCGCUGAGUUUUACCCUAGACUGUUUGAAAGAUGUACCUUAGGACUUAACAGAAGAAAGGAGGGUGACUGGAGUGUCAAGA